AUGGGUGAGCUUGAGAACAUACAAAACCUUCGUGAAAACUUCAAGAAACAAAAUAAAUCUUGUUUUAUCCUUGGUGCGUCAGGAGCAACUGGCAAAGAGUUGUUAAAAGAAAUUUUGAAACAGCAAUUGUUUUCUAAUGUCACCAUCAUAGGACGUAGAAAACUGACUUUUGAAGAAGUGGCAUAUCAAAAUGUGAAUCAACAGGUGGUAGACUUCGAAAAACUGGAUGAAUAUUCUGCAGCAUUUCAAGGUCAUGAUGUUGGAUUCUGUUGUCUUGGUACCACAAAAGCAAAAGGAGGAGCAGAUGGACUUGUUCGCGUUGAUCGAGAUUAUGUUUGCAUGUCAGCAGAGUUGGCAAAAGCUGGUGGUUGCAAACACUUCCUCUUGGUAUCUAGCACUAGAGCUGAUAAGCACAGCAUUUUUUUUAUUUUAAAAAUCAAGGGUGAAGCAGAAGUUAAAAUUGAAGAACUUAACUUUGAACGCUGCACUAUAUUUAAACCUGCAUUGAUUUUAUGUGACCGAGAAGAGUCCCGUCCAUUGGAAUGGUGUGCUAGAAAAAUUCUGGGUUGCCUCUCUCAUGUGAUGUCUAUUACUGCACUUUCUGUGCCCAUUUCAACGUUAGCAAGAGCUAUGGUGAAUAAUGCAGUAAUCCCGAGUGACAAGAAGGUGGAGCUGUUAGAGAACAAGGAUAUCCACAUGAUUGGAAACCAAGAUGAAACAAAGACCAGCUAAAUGGUGUGAUGUUAUCAGAUAUUGUGCACUUCUGCCCCUCCCUAACAGCAUCACCAAUUCCUAUUUCAGGAUCCUAUUCCUAUUUACAAUGCAGUAAAAUUUUGUUAAACAUUUGUGGUUUCUUCCUCCUGCCCCAGGAUUAUGAAAUAGUAAUCCAUUACAUUGUAAAUCGUGCUGUACCAUGCAAAUCCUUUUAUAAGGAUUAUGAGAUUGUAACGAUAGGCGUUGUUUUUUCAAGACAUGUUGAAUG